GGUUUUGAUUUGUUGCUUAUAAUUAUCUGGCGUUGCAGAUGAAACAAUUCAGGAGCUUCGUGAAGACGAGUCUGAGGACGUGCUUCCGCCAGCUAUUUUAACUCUGUUAGGUGAAGAUGACAUUAUGAAAAAAAGAUUUUCCGAUUCAUUCCAUCCGGACUUGGCUGGACAAAAUUGUUAAAAUUAGGGUUGUCGGAAGACAUAAAACAAAUCUAAUCAAAAAGUAUCUUCCACCGAAAAACUGCCCGGAUUUGUUACCUCCAAAAAUUAACCCGGAGGUAAAAGUUGCGGUGCAAGACGGAACAUUUCGGAGAGACAUACGAUUGAGUCAACUUCAACCGCAGUUAAGUGCUGCGAUUUCUGGUGUUGUCACAAAUUUAAUUAAGGAAGGAAGCGGAGAACACAUAUCGUAUACAUUGAAGUUUUGAACGAUGUAGGACGUUUGCUGAGUGACAUCUACCAUACCGAUUCCAUAUCGCGGAGGAACCUGAUCGCACUCAAUUUAAAUAAGGAUUUACGGAAUACCUUAAAAAUACUUCCAUAACCGAGUGGUUAUUUGGAUUUGGACAUAAAGACCGUAAAAGAUUUGGAAAAAUCUGCAAAUCAAAUAUAGGUACCUAAGAAGCGUAUAUUCUCUGGACCGUCAUUACCUUCGAAACAAGGAAACGAAAAACGUCCGUUGUUGCAGAAGCACCAGCUUACACUCACCUGAAGAGGCAGGAACGUUACAAACAUUUCCAAUCCAAACAAGGACAGAGGGAUCAUUAGAGGUUAGUAGUCCUUGUGGAAGACUCAAACAGUUUGCUUUAGAUGGGAGUGAGUUAUUUAUUGACAAUAGGAUAGUGUCCUAUAUUAAUGGAUUUUAUAUUCCCUUUCAUACUAAACCAAGUCAACGUGGUGUACCUGUAGAACCAAAAUGGUCACAAAAAGAAUCCUAAAUAAUAUAAUCCAAGAUUUGUUGCUUAGGAGGGCUAUCAGUAUAUACAAUUUUCUUGUACCUAAGCCAGAUGGAUCUAAUCGAUUGAUUUUGAAUUUAAAUCAUCUUAAUAAUUUUAUUAAAAACAUCCGAUACCGUCAUAGGAAAACCGUAUUUUUGUGCCUUUUUAAUGUGUAGCACUAAUUUAUUUUCAUUGGCCUCCCUCAACAUGCUGUCAGGUCCCAUUUUCCCAGUCGUAGAUACAUUUUUCUUUAUUUUCCUUUCAAGGGUUUUCCUAGGAAUGCCAUAAUUUUUUUAAGCACCGUUUACAGAAGAACUGUUUUUCACAGCUUCAAAUGCCAGCCUAAGAUUUUCUUCAGUAUAAUUUCCACGAUUUGAAUAGAGUCUUUUAUACUCCGUCGGCAUUGUUUUUGCAAUUACUUAAUCGGAAAUGAGUUAAACUGUAGGGAAACGAAAGAAAAAUAAGUGGUAAUCUAUCCCUUCCGUUUGGUGGCCAUCUAUCCCGAGUCCUAGGUAGAGAUGGCCAACGUCACAAUCAAAGUCCACUUUAUACUUUUAACUGCUUACAGAGGUUAGGUUUCCUUAAUAAACACUGUACUCACCUAAUGUGUAGAGCGCAACAGCCAAUUUCGACUUAUACGUUCACAAGUAUAUAUAUAUAUAUAUAUACAUAUUGAGAGUACCAAGUUACCUCCAAAAUAGAUACGUACCGUACGUUCUUCCCUCAUAUAUAACGUUGUUACCUCCGAUUUCGGAGGUAACAACGUUUCUCUAUGUUUUCAACAGAAACCACGAUAAGAAGACAGUACUAACUCAAAUACGAAAUUUAUGUUGGAGCAUCGCAUCGCAAUACGUGCUUAUUUAAUUUUGAAUAUUAUGAAUGUUAACGCUGUCCGAGCACCAUGCAUCGAAGGAGCAAGUUAAUUCUUAAAUUGGCGCGAAACAAUUACGAAAACAAUGAAAAGUCGCCGCCAAUGCCACCACUUAAACUGGAUGAGGAUUUACGCCAUACACGAACUUCUGCAUGGAUUAAAGAGAGUCAAUUUGAUGAGUGUAAUGAUGAUGUAUGUAAGGAAAAUAUAGAUCCUGAAACGACUCUUGAGGUGACAAAAAAUACGCGCCCUACAAAGGAUGAUGAAGUUUUGAAGACGAUUUUUGACAAAUGCAAAAAAGCUGCGGCAUGUACUUCCACAAAUUGCUCUUGUUCAUAUGUAUCAGAUACCACUUCUAGUGAAUGCACUUCAAUAAUAAUACCUGUUCAACAACUUUCGAAACCUAAGAUAUCACAUGAAGAAAAAGGCAGUUUAGAAAAAAAGAUUGGCAUUCCGGACCCAAUGCCGCAGACCAGUGAAAGUGUUACAGGUGGUCCACAUAAUUCCUGUAAAGUGCAAAUAUUAUCAGUCAUCAGUAUUAAUCCAUUAAGCCAUAAUGACUUUAGCCAAAAUGCAGAAAGUUUUUAUAAUGAUGACAGAAGAGACAGAGAUUACCAAAUUAAUGCCUCAGAGACUACUUCAACAUCUAUUGUAUCAUAUGAUCCUAUUGAUAUCAACUCUGAUAUUAAACCUAAAACGGCAGAUAGUAACAAAGACACUGAUCAGCCAUUAUCAGAAACGGAAUUUGUAAAGAUAUCACAUGAAGAAAAAGGUAUUUUAGAAGAAAACUUUGAGAUUUUUGACCCAAAGCCAUCGAUCAGUGAAAGUUUUACGGGUGGUCCACAUAAUUCCUGUAAUGAGUUUAGCCAAAAUACAAUAGAGGCAGAAAGUUCUGAUAAUGAUGACAGCAGAGACAGAGAUUACCAAAUCAGUGACCCAGCCUCAGACACUACUUCUACAUCUAGUGUAUCAUCUGAUGCCAUCGAUAUCAAAACUGAAGUUCGUAAACCCAAAACCGCAUCUAGUAACAAAAACAUUGACCAGCCAUUGUCAGAAACGGUAUUUGUAAAGAAAAACCGCUUGCCACAUCGAAAAAUUAAUCGUUGCAACUAUUGCGAUAAUGACGUAUUAAUAAAAAAUUUUGUCCGUCAUUUAGAGAGACAUCAUUAUUCAGAAAAAGAUGUUAGAGAUAUGUUAGCGUUACCUACAAAAAGUAAACAAAGGCGCAUUGCUCUUCAUUUACUUAGAAACAAUACGAACUUUGAGUUAUUUGUGAAUGGAACCACUCGCCCUAACCGUACUGAUCCCAAGAGGUCAACAGGAAAAGCACAAUAUUAUCCAUGCGUAUAUUGUAAGGGGUUAUUUUUGAAAAGCUACUUAAAACGGCACGCAAAGUCAUGUAAAUCCCAGGAUAUUGCUACUGGUUCGAGUGAAAGGAGAAUAAACCACAUAUCUCAUUCGAUGACUAUUACUGCAUGUGCAAUGGACCCAACUAACGUUAUUUCCCGGUUAAAUGUGAAGGAGCAAGUCUUCAAUCUUAUGAAAGGAGAUGACAUCGCUUUCGAAGCGAAAAGAGACCUCCUUAUCGUGCAUUUUGGAAACUCUUACCUUAUGAAACACAAAAGAGAGAGGAUGGCGAUUUCAUGUAGUAACAGAAUGCGAGAACUUGCACGAUUAUUGAUUUCUUAUCGAAGAAUUCUUAAUAAGGGAGCAGAAACUUCCUUUAAAGAUUUAUUACACCCCGAAAAUUUUGAUAACGUGGUUACGGCCGUCCGACAUAUUGUGGGGUAUGAUUUUGAAAAGAAAACAUUUAAGGCACCUAGUCUAGCGAUGCAUCUUGGAACUUCCCUCAAGAUGGUGUGUGAUGAACUCACUCAUUUGAUUUUAAAGCAAAGCAAGGGGUUUAAAUGUAAAUCUACCGAUGAUUCUCAAAGAUGGUUGCAGGAUAUAAAAAAUUUUAAAAAGUUAGUUAUUUCACGAUGGAAUACCGAAAUUUCCUCUUUAGCAAACAAAGAUUUGCUUGAAAAGAGAUGGCAAAAACCUUUAUUGUUACCGUUGGUCAGUGACGUCAAGAAGUUUAGAGAUGGGAUUAUGGAAAUAGCUAGAGAAUGCCAGAAUAAAUUUCACAUGAAAGAGGACAAUGAACAUACCUAUAAAUUACUUGUGCAGUGUACUCUGUCACUGCUUAUUGUUUUUAAUAGAAGACGCAUAGGAGAUGUACAAUAUUUAAAAAUUAAGGAUUAUACAAUUGGAAAAAAAAGCAACAUUAAAGAUUUUGAAAAUGCUCUAACGGAAAUGGAAAAGGCGUUAACGACUAAGUAUAAGAGAGUUGUCACUGGUGGCAAAGGUUCAAGGCCAGUUGUAAUUUUAAUCCCAGAACUAAUUCAAAAUUUUAUGGGCGUCCUGUUAGAACAUCGAGAAAAAUAUAUUCCAAAUGACAACGAGUAUGCUUUUGCGAUGCCUGGUAGCAAGAUAAAGUGGGGAAAGGGAGAUGUUGCAAUUAGGAAUUUAGCAACGAUGGUUAACCUGGAAGCUCCUGCAGCAAUAACGAGCAAUAAACUUAGAAAACAUAUAGCAACAAUAAUGCAGCUGCUGAAUUUAUCAAAAGAUGAAGCUAAACAAUUCUCUACUUUUAUGGGCCACACCCAAAAAACACACGAUGAAUUUUAUGAACUGCCUGUAGAUCUGUAUCAAACUGCAAAGGUAUCCAAACUGCUUCUUAUGAUGGAAAAGGGUCGUUUGCCAUUAGAAUAUAAAGGAAAAUCUUUAGCGGAAAUCAAUAUCGAUCCGGAUUUAGAAUACGCGGAGGAAGACAAUGUAGAAGGGGCAGAUUUCACCCCUAAGGCGGUCGCUAAAUGA